UCCCCUUCAUUCCAGUCUAUUGUUUUAAUUGAUUUUUGAAGCCGCUUCAUUUUCUCCACAUUCAAGUCUAAUUUAUUUUUUACACGAUUGUGCGCUUCUCGCAUUCUUUCUUUAAGCUCGCGCGCAUAUAUGGUCAUGUUUUCAUAUUCUUUCUCGGGUUUAUUCAAAGCAUUUUCUGAAGGUAAUCUCGCAUUCCAUCCAUGGGCUAUGAAGAAGGGUGUUUCUCCCACUUGUGAAUUAAUUGACGUGUUAUACGCAAAGGCCAAAAGUGGUAAUGUUUGGGGCCAAUCUUUUCCUCGGGUAGUGGUAGAAAUCAUAUCAGCUAAGGUUCGAUUGUAUCGCUCGCAUUGUCCGUUAGCUGACUGGUGA